CAAACACAUGUUUUAAUCGUACACAAAGAACUUGUUAUACGCCCCACGAUACGGAAACCUGAUAUGCCCAGCCAGAUAGACGUGUAACGUGGCAUUACAAGCAGAAUCAGCAAAGAAAAGAGUCAUGGAUUUUGUUUACAGCAUUGUGUAUUUUGGAUCCUUCGUUUUGAUGUUUAAUCGCUUAAAUGCGGAAGACGCCACUGUCACAGACGUCGUGUCGUUUGACAUCACCAUAGGGGGCGAGGACGUUGGUACGAUAGAUCUUGGUUUGUUUGGAGACACAGCGCCACUCACUGUGAAGAACUUCAUACAUUUCGCCUCCGGAGAGGGAGAGUUUAAAUACGAGGGUAGCCCGUUCCACAGAGUGAUUGAUGACUUCAUGAUUCAAGGAGGAGAUGUGAAGUUUGGUAACGGAUCAGGGGAGACAAGUAUAUAUGGCGGAAGAUUUGCUGAUGAAACAUUUGCGCUACAACAUUAUGGCCCAGGAUGGCUCAGCAUGGCGAACGCAGGAGAAAACACGAAUACCUGCCAGUUUUUCAUCACUGCACGUAACACUUACUGGUUGAACGAUAAGCACGUGGUUUUUGGUAAGGUUAUCCGUGGAAUGUGGGUGUUACGACAAGUUCUGAACAGCGAAACUGACCCGGACACCGACAAACCAAAAGUUCCAGUGGUCAUAGCUAAAAGCAGGGUUGCUAAGCCAGAUAAAAAGUUCACUGUUGCUAAGGUAGCUGCUGAUUGGGCGACUUAAGAGAAACGCCAUCUAGUGUUCACAUUUGGUGCCAAAAUAAGGAGAAGAUAGAAGAGUUAUUUAGUUAUUGUCUGAUAUAAAGUAACAACUAGUUGUCCGUCGUAUGGAUAAAUGUUUGAAUAGUAUAAUAUGAUAAUCGCUGAACAAAUAAUUAACAUAAUGAAGAUUUUACAUGACAUUUUAGUGAUCAAGAGUUGGAAAUAGAUAUUUACCUAAAUUGUUACUGACAUAACGGUUAUUACAAAUUGCGACCGUGUUUCUACAAAUAUUAACAGGUUUAAAGAACACAUACCAGAAACGGAACUGAAAGAUACUAACAAAUAAUCUACAUCAUGUGACCCAAUAAAAUGCUCAUAAUUUUUCUAAAAAUAAAUUCAUUGUAACUGUUUGAAGAAUAAUGUUCUUUUAAGAUAUAAUGACGGACACAAUUCAAAAUGUCCAAAUAUCAAAAUAUUCUUUGUGACUGUUUGAACAACAAUCUUCUCACAUGAAUUGACGAGAAAUGUAUACAAUAUUAAAACCAUUAUUAAAAAUCUUAAAUUAUAAAGACACAUUUUUUAUAAAGACUUGUCACGUGACCUCAUGAUACAAAUGUGAUUCCGUCCUUUUGCCCAAUAAAAUUGUAGGUAUAUUAAAUGUUACAAUAUAUUUAUACCUCUGUAAAAAGAUUCUCAUUACAUUCAUAUGUCGCAUUCAUAUUUUUUACAUUUUAUAAUCGCUAUAUAUGUGAUAACUUUGCUUCAAAUAUUGUUGGAAAUUAUUUUGAUAAUAUUUUUUACACUGUUACCUUUGCUUUUUUGAAUAAAAAUGUUUCGUAGGUU